GAGGGAAUCCAUAUACGUGGCUGUAAUUUAUGGAAAACAAUUUAGAAAUAAACAUGCAGUUAUCCUCGCUAUAUGUGCGAAACACGCCUAUUUAGAAAAUCUCCAAUUUUCUUAACUACAUUUGUACAUAAGUUUCGCCGUGAGUUGGAAGCAUUACCUGGCGAUGUAGAAACUGUUGCAAAACGCAAAAGACAUGAGGAACAUUCGGACACAACUAGAAAUGUACAAUUUGUCCAACAAGUGCAAGAGAUGGUUCACGAAAUCUCUUCAAACUCCAAUGUGGGCUAUUAUUAAUGUCUCUGAGGGUCUAAUCCGUCAAGUUGCCCACGAGGUGCUAUAAUUCCUACGGUAUGCGCGUUCAGUUUUUGCACAAACUCGGUAAGAAAUUUUUUAUGACCACAUCACCCUAAACUUAUGGCCUACCUCACGGGAUCUUAAUCCCUUUGAUUAUUAUGUUUGGGGCGCAGUUGUGCAAAAGACCAAUAAACAUCCCCAAAACCUUAUUUCAUCGCUAAAGGGUGCUAUAACAACCACAAUGCUCAACAUGAAGAAAGAGCAUUUGCGGGCAUGCAGUAGUUUCCGAUCUCGGAUUGAGUCUGUUAUUACCGCUAAUGGGGAUUUUAUUGAAUAAUUAUAUACUUUUUAUAAAAUUUUUGGAUUCCUCCUGCGUCGGUUUUUGUUAAGUCGAACUAGCUAACUGAAACUGUUUCAGACAAGCUCUGAAGAAGCCAACAGGAUGAUUGACGAAACGUCAGCUAGUUCGACUCAACAAAAACCAACGCAGGAGAAAUCCAGAAGUUCUAUAAAAAGUAUUAAAGUAGUCUGUGGAAGUUUCUUUGAAAAAUUAAUAAUUAUAUAGUGUAAGAGUCAGUUAUUUAAAAAAUUAAUGAAAUUGUAAUAAAUUGUGCAAUAAAUGUGAUUAAAUACAUUUUAAAAAUAACUUUUACUCAAAUAUCGUCCACACCCUGUAUUAUGCAAGACAUCUUAAACAUAGCUAUUUAGCUACUUUGAUGCUUGUUUCUUAUUGAUAAUGAUCAUGUCAAAUCAGAAGUUGCAGAAUGCUUGCGUCCGUUUUGUUAUGAAUAUUCGGCAAUAUGAUCGCUGCCUUCAAUUGGAAUCCAAAAAACAUUUUAACACUAACUUAUAUAAAUUUGCGAUUCCCAAUCGUGUAUCAUUUCUCAUAAAUACUUCCGACGUCGAUUGUCCAUAUAAACACAUGAAAUAUUUUUUGGUUAAUGGUAUUGAAAUAUAUUGGUUUUUACUAGUUCAGUAGAGUAGCUAUUGAAAGCUAGACUGCGCCACUUUGGAACAAUAUGUUUCUUUUGCAUUAUAAUUGGUGUAUAUUAAAUUCGCUAUUGCCGAGAGGUAUAGGUAUCGUAUUUGUUUUUGCCCCAUCUAUGUCAAUAUAUAUUUUAUUUGUUUAUUGUCCUCAUACAAUCAUAUGUUUGGUACAUUGUUUAAUUUGACCCAUUCGCUUGGGUAUUUCAAACCAAUAAACAAUAGCGAGUUCUUCGGUUAUCUACAUUUAUCACAUGACUCCAAUUCAAUUUGCAAUAAUAGAAUAAAAUAUCCAUAAUACUCCGAACAAGAUCGAAAAUUGCGCAAGUGGCAUGCAGAUAAUUAUAGUGUCCCCUCAUUAAAAUGCUAUUAUUGGAUAUUGUAAAAAAUCGAUUAAUAAAACCCACCAUUCCCAAAAUAUAUUUCGAUUAUUGUAAACAUUCUGAUAAUCUUUGACUCAUGAAAAGAAUCAAACACGACGAAGACUCUUGGCAGUGUGACAAGAAAUGGCAAAACAAAAAGUCGUGUUAGCUUAUUCCGGCGGCUUAGAUACAAGCUGCAUCCUGAAAUGGCUCAUAGGCCAAGAUUUUGAAGUAGUGUGCUAUAUGGCUAAUAUAGGCCAGGUUGAAGACUUUGAGGCAGCGAAGAAAAAGGCCUUAGGAAUCGGAGCUUCCAAAGUCGUAAUAGAUGAUGUCAGGGAAGAUUUCGUUCACAACUACGUUUGGCCGGCCAUAAGCUAUGGGUUAUUGUACGAAUCCCGAUACUUGUUAGGCACGUCCCUGGCUAGACCUUGUAUUUCGGUUGGUCUAGUCAAGUGCGCUCAAGAAAAUGACGCCGCUUACAUCUCCCACGGUGCUACAGGCAAAGGGAAUGACCAAGUCAGAUUCGAAUUGUCGUGCUACGCGUUGUAUCCCCGAGUUAAGAUUAUAGCACCCUGGCGUCUCAAGGAAUUCACGUCGAAAUUUGAAGGACGACAGGAUUUAUUAAAGUACGCUUCCGAAAACGGCAUUCCAGUGUCGGCCACUCCAAAAGCCCCAUGGAGUACUGAUGCAAAUUUAAUGCAUGUCAGUUACGAAUCAGGGAUUUUGGAAAAUCCUAUCAAUCCCCCGCCUAAAGAUUUAUUCGAAAUGACAGUAGACCCCAAAGAAGCUACUAAUAAGAGUACCAAGUUAGAGCUGGUAUUCAAAAAGGGGUUGCCAGUAGCAUUAAAGACUGAAAAUGGAGAAACUUACGAGACGCCUCUAAAAAUAUUCAGCACGGUAAACGAGAUCGGUAAAGUGCAUGGAGUGGGCAGAAUCGAUGUCGUGGAGAACAGAUUCAUAGGGCUGAAGUCUAGGGGCGUUUAUGAGACUCCGGGCGGUACAAUACUCCAUCAAGCGCAUACCGAUCUGGAAGUAUUCUGUCUGGACAAGGAAGUGUACAGGGUGAAACAAAACUUACGUGAUCGUCUCUCAGACUAUGUUUAUAAUGGGUUCUGGUUUUCUCCUGAGGGAAAUUAUGUCCGAAAAGCUCUAGAUCUCGCGCAAGAGACAGUAGAAGGCACUGUGAAAGUCGAGCUUUAUAAAGGCUCAGUUUAUAUUCUGGGCAGAUCGUCAGAGGUAUCACUUUAUAAUAAGGAUUUGGUAUCAAUGGAUCGGCAUGCCGGUUUUAGCCCUGAAGAUGCGACUGGAUUUAUAAACAUACAGGCUAUAAGGCUCAAAGAAUACAAUCGCGUGCAAAAGCAGAGACAGGCAUAGAUUUUCCACCUUG